UUCUGGGAAAUAUUAAGAACAAGAAGUCUCAACAACAAAGAAGUAUAUACUCUGCACAGUUGUCUGUUUAUUAUAUCUUAUUUGGUAAGUUAAUUGAUUACAGCGUCUAAUUACUAGUUGGCCAAAUACAUUAGCGCAAAUACGAAGUGGGCAGGCAUAUGUUCUCGUUUUCGCAGGCAAUGGAUGACGGCACGGAAAGAAAAUAUGAAACUCAGGGAAAGGAAUUUAAGGAUGACAGUGCAAUCCUUGAGGCUAAGAAAGAGCUGGAGAAAUGGAAGGCACUGGUGUUAAAGGAAGAAGACAAAAAAUCUUUGAUGAUUUUGGAGAAAGUGGAUAAUGAUGAAUCAAAGGCACGUGCCCAAAAAGAGAUGGAAGCUCUUUUUAAUGAGACGGAGAGACGUAAGAAAGAGAUCUCUAACACAUUGAGGGGGAUAGAGAACGACAUCUCCGACCUUGAGAAACGUAACGCAGAGCUGAGGGAAAAUCUAAGGAGCAGUCUGGCCAAGGUCAAAGCUGGCCAAGCUGAGUCUUUUAAACUUCAGCAGAAAUUUAAGAUUUUUGCUACCAUCCCUGAGAAGAAAGUGAAGUUCUCCGGUAAGGCCAGCGAGGAGGAGAUCCCGGAGGUCAUCAAGGGGGUGUUCACCAUCACACAGAGACCCUCGGUCAUCCUCAAUGGAGGCCAGGCUCUCAUCACCUUUGAGGAGGAGAAAGUGGCCAAUCAGAUCCUGAAGAUGGCCAAGUGCUUGGUGACUUGUGAAAAAGACAAGAUAGAUGUGAAACCCAUGAGCUUGCAACUGGAGCCCUCAGUGAAGUUUGAGAUCCACAUUGAUGUCUCCAAGAAGUCAGUGAGGUUCUCCGAUGCCCCACCCAUCAUGGCGGAGGAGCGGAUGAGAGACCGCCUGGAGAUGAGCUUCUCCAGGCCCAGCCUGGGAGGAGGAGAGGUGAAGGACGUGGAGUAUGAUAAAGUCACUGGGACCGGACAGAUCACAUUCCUUCAUACUGGAGUUGCAGAGAACCUGGCCCUGAAAAGGAAGUAUCCUGUGGAUGUGGAGCCAAACACAACUGUAAACAUUGGCCCAGUUUACAGUUACGAGCUGAAGAAGUUCCAGACGUUCUGCGGCACUCCCAAGCGGACCAUCCUGCUGGAGGGCGUGGAGGACGUGGAGGACGAGGAGGACCUGCAGGAUCAGCUGGAGAUCCACUUCCAGAAGCCCAGCAACUACGGAGGGGAGGUGGAGAGCAUCAAGUACCUCUCAGCUGGGAAGAAGAUCAAGGCCUUCUUUGGGGAUGACACAGUUCAGCUGGAGGAGGCCUGACUGGCUUAUAUCCAACAGAAUAUCCUCCAGAGCCACUGAGACCACUUCUGACAAUCAGGAAGUGGUUAAAAGUGAUUAAGUGGUCUUUAAACCAUAGAUUAUUUUAAUAUUUUAUGUUUCAAUGUGUAAUUGUGUUUUCGGUAAUAUAAUGGGUUGAAUGCUGCUAUCAUAUAUUUUCUCUAUGACCAGAUUCCAUAGCUACAGGUGGAGAAGAUAUAUCUUAUGAUCAGCUCAUCCCCUCUCUUAAUCAUUUUCUCAUUAUUCUAAAGUGAAUUGUAUUGCAUUGGGUUGUAUGAAUAAAGUUUGAUCAAAUUAAAUUUAA